GUAUGGUAUGCCCAAUUCUGCGGCUGAAGGUCACAGCUGAACACGCUAACCUCGCCUUUCCAACUCAGUCCUGCUCAUUAUAAUUAUUUGUCGGCAAAGACUACGAUUGUACAGCAUGGCUACUGCUACCAGCCUUGUAGUCCCACCAGAAACGAAUCCUACAACGACAGUUACCUGUCUAGCAACCGCGACAAUCACUUCAUCCACCAACCUGGGACCGCUGACCACGCCUGUGGCAUUCCCAUCGAUUUGUUCAAACCAGUUUGAUUUCCACACUACCAUUCUCGGGCAGAGUUCGUGGUCGUCGCUGCUGCUGGGGGGGUGUGCCCUCAGCCAGUGCUGCCCAUCAUCACGGUUUUAUACCUCCGACAACGCGUGGUAUAGUAGCUAUUUCAGUCCAGGGGUGUGUCCACAGGGAUAUCAGACGUGUAAUGGGCCAGCAGAAGUUGAGACAAUACUGCCAGCAGGAGAGAGUGUGCGGUUUUGUUGUCCGCUAGGAUACACUUGCCCAAUGUGGCCAUGCUUCUCCAUAUGCGCUACUUUGCGAGCGUCCGCAACUACAGCUCUCGUGGUUGACAAUAUCGUACACCAGUCCAUAUACUCGACUGAAACUCUUUCGGCGCAGACCGGUGUGAGCACGGCGUACGACUAUGCCUAUCCAAUUCAAAUUCGCUGGAAGGAUUCCGACUUUGCUGUACAAACGAGCUCUAGCGCCUCACCUGCUGGGACAAGUAGCGGAUUCAAAAGUGGAAUAGGAAACAAGAAACUAUCAACCGGCACGAUUGCAGCGAUUGCAGUUGUAGUGGCAGUGUUGGCGCUCGCAAGUCUGAUAUUGGCUGUUUGGUGGUUCAGAAAAAGGGGAAAGGCAAAGGCAGGGCCAGUAGCUACGGAGAUAAAUGUGGCUGUGGGUGAGAAGCCGGAGAUGGAUGGUAGUGGGAUGGCAGCUCGUGAGCUGGAUACCAAUCAUCCAGUCUACGAGCUUGAAACUCGGAAAGCAGUAGGAUGAAGCAUCGCGACAAGCUUCGACAACCUAGAUUCCAGGAUGCUCUGUUACUUUUCAACUGAGUUAUGACUUGUUUUACUUCCGUAAAUUUAACAGCAAAAUAGCUCACUACCUGAGGUCUUUGUCAUAUCUUGAUUACGAGCAUAUUCUCCUACUCUGGUUGGGCAAGAUAAUAUACACAAGUAGCAACGACUUUAAACCAUCAAAAGUUCAUAUGCUUUAC